CACCCAUUCAAUUCGGGAAAUAAAAUAAUUGAAGUUUGAUAAAUUUGAAGAAGUUACAGGGUUCAAAGUUUUGAGCUUUUCCAGUACAUGCCAAUUAGGGAUUUUGACAGAGUUGUGGAAGUACUAGUAGACCAAGAAAGCGCUUUCAAAGUCUCGCCUUUCUUUCCUUUUCUUUUUAUUUGUUAUUUUUGGGUUUCUCUCUCUCUGCCUACUGCUUUCAGCUCCCUCUUUAAAAAAACAGCAAAAUCCCAAAAAUAGAAAGUCAUUUUCUGCUCACUGAGCUUCAGCUGAUUCUCACUGGCCUUGAGUUGUUCAAAUAAGAGGUUUAGCUUGCUUAGGUGUCGAGAUCUGGUUCUGAGCUAGGUUUUUGGUUGGGAUUUUGGUUGAUUCUUGAAGCUAGGGUUUAGUUUGGGGUGUUGUGUAUAAAAUGUGGUAAUUUGAGAAGAGGAUUGGGGUUUGGGUAGAGAAGAUCUGAGGGUUAUGAGGCAGUGGAGUUUGGAAGUAGCUUUGAGGAUUUUCUGGGUAUUUGGGGGGGGUGGGCGGGUGGGUUUUCAUGAAUGUGGUUAAAUAGAGAAAAGUGAGCGGUGAUUCAAAACUUGUCUUCUUUUGGACGUGUUGGUUUUUAGUUACUCAAGGACUUGCUUUUGUUUGGUUUUAGAAUGAGACUCUCUUCGUCGGGGUUUAAUCAGCAGACUCAGGAAGGGGAGAAAAAAUGUUUGAAUUCCGAGCUUUGGCAUGCUUGUGCCGGCCCUCUUGUAUCUUUGCCUCCUGUGGGAAGCCGUGUUGUGUACUUUCCCCAGGGUCACAGCGAACAGGUUGCUGCUUCGACAAACAAGGAAGUAGAUGCUCAUAUUCCUAAUUACCCUAGCUUACCCCCGCAGCUCAUCUGUCAACUUCACAAUGUCACUAUGCAUGCAGAUGUGGAGACAGAUGAAGUAUAUGCACAGAUGACCUUGCAACCACUGAGUCCGCAAGAGCAAAAAGAUGUAUACCUACUGCCUGCAGAGUUGGGUACUCCCAGCAAACAGCCAACAAACUAUUUUUGCAAGACAUUGACUGCAAGUGAUACCAGCACACAUGGAGGAUUCUCCGUUCCUCGUCGAGCGGCUGAAAAAGUUUUUCCUCCUCUUGAUUAUUCACAAACUCCUCCAGCUCAAGAACUAAUUGCAAGGGAUCUUCAUGAUAAUGAAUGGAAAUUCAGGCAUAUAUUUCGAGGUCAGCCCAAGAGGCAUCUUCUUACAACAGGAUGGAGUGUUUUUGUUAGUGCAAAGAGACUUGUUGCUGGUGAUUCUGUCCUAUUUAUCUGGUUAGAGAAUUUCUUAUGAGACUUUAGAUUAGUUUUAUUUAUUUAAUCCUCUAGAUUGUGCUGAAUAUUUCCAUUGGAUGGUUAGUUGGCAAGGGAAGGAAAUUUUCCACAGUAUGAUACAUGUGGAAUUAUAAUGGGAGCUUGAGACAAUAUGGUGAAAUGAUUUAAUUUUUUAAUAUAUAUUGUAGAUGACUGGCAAAAAAAUUUGUAGCGCUUU